AUGCCGUCCUUCACCAAGUUGUUGCCGCUUCUGGCAAGCAUUGCCUCGCUCUCGGAAUCCAAACCUCUGAGCCAGCCAUCGGUCGUCUUCGCUCCUCUCAAAAGCACUACUCCGGGAAGCGCACAAAAUAUCGUCGUCGACUACUACGGAGAUGUCGACGGUGAGCUUACGAUCACAUACGCGACAUGUGACGAUGCUGUCGCUUCCAUCGUUUCCGCGAAGCAACGUAUAGGUCAGACGCAUGUGGGCGCUCAUCCUUUGGCGAGACGCCAUGAGGAACAUGAGAACAGGCGGCCGAACAAAUUCGUUUGGUUGACUCCAGCUGAGAUGUCUGGGGGCUGUCUUCAUGCUUUCCUCGAUGGAGAGCUCAUCGGAAAGUCCGACGAGCUUGUUGUCACCAAGCGCUUUGCUCGCCGACAGGAGAGGAAGUCGUUCGUUGAUGUUGCAGGAACUGACAGUAACUGGUUUGAUGGCGUUGCUUACUUGCAGCAGAAGCAGCCAGAUGAGGUUUUUGUUGCAUCGGCCAAGAAUAAGUCUUUUGGUAUUUUGGGUGGAGGUAUCUCUGGGCUUGCAACCUCACUGAUGCUGGACUCUGUUGGUAUUCACAACUGGAAGAUCAUCGAGUCGUCUCAGCGUAUUGGCGGUCGCAUUCGCACAGCCUAUCUCAACGGCACUUCCCCCGAUGAAGGCCAAUAUCACGAGCUUGGGCCCAUGCGUUUCCCGUACGAGAUUACAGACUCUGAGACCAACGAGACCUUCCCCUUCAACGACCAGCGCAUGAUCUUCCAACUGGCCGACGUCCUCAACGAACUCAACGCUGACAAGGAGGAGCUGCAUGUCAAGUUCAUCGAAUGGAUCCAAUCGUCUCCCAACACCCCAGCCGACAGUCCCUUCCGCCGUCCUGAUGGAACAAUUCCCAGCAAGACUGAGAUAGCGACCGACCCUGCAUACAAGAACACUAUCGCAUACGGCAACGCCACUGCUGUCGAAGAGGCCAACGCCGCUCUCGACGAGUUCAAAGGCCUAGACGCAGAGCGCAUAAAGAUGUACGCGACCAACAUCUUCAAAGCCUACAAGCAAGCCAAAGACGACGGCAUGUUCGACUACUCCGAGGUAGCCUACCUCCGUAACAAGCUCAAAUUUGAUCUCAACACCACCGACGAAGUCGGCCAAUCCCACAUCUACUGGCCCAUGUGGGAAUACGAAACCGUCUACUUCCUCGCCUCCAAAUGGGUCACGAUAAAAGGCGGCCUUUCCAGAAUGCCUGCAGCUUUCGAGCCCCUCGUCAAAGACCGCAUGCAAUACGGCGCCAAAAUCAACGGCCUCCACUGGAACGAAAACAACAACACCAUAUCCGUAUCCUGGAGGCCCACAGGCUCAGAACCCUACUCCACCCCCGACUCGAUCGAAAACUUCGACUACGUCCUCAACAGCGUGCCCCUCAACCUCAUGAAAUUCUGGACCCUGCCCCGCUACUCGAGUCUGCUAAAACGCGCCAUCGACCGCACCCUCUUCGCCAACGCCUGCAAAGUAGCCGUGCAAUUCAAAACGCGCUUCUGGGAACAUCUCGACAAGCCCAUCAUAGGCGGGUGCACGCGCCUCUACCAGCCUAAUCUCGGCCAGAUCUGCUACCCGAGCUGGCAAGUCAACGCCAGCGGCCCAGGAACAAUGCUCGCCUCUUACUUGUCUGACUACGAAGCCACUGUCGCCUGCGCCAUGCCCGAAGCCGAACACAUGGCGUAUAUCAAACGCGCGUUUGCCGAAAUGCACGGCGAGUCCAUCAUCGAAGAGAACUGGACCGGCAACUACGAGCGUCAAUGCUGGGAGCAAGACGAACACCAGGCUGGUGCCUUCACGAUGCAGAUUUUCGGGCAGCAGACCCUGUAUCUUCCGGCGUUCUAUCAGACGGAAUUCAACACUGUGUUUAUUGGGGAGGCGGCGACGUUUACGCAUACGUGGAUUUUCAGUGCGCUUGAAUCUGCGACACGGGGGACUGUUCAGUUGUUGUUGGAUAUGGGGUUGGUGGAUGAGGCGAAGCAGAUUACGCGGACGUGGAUGGCGAGAUUUAUUGAAGUUUAG